AUGGAGUGUAUUGAGAUUUAUAAUCUAGUGGACGGUUAUGAGGUCCAUUGCCCUGCGUUGAUUAUACAUGGACGGUGUCGUUCUAGCGGUGCGACUGCAAUUCAGGUUCAGCAUAGCCAGCUUCCUUCUUUGACAUAUGCAGUUAAUCGGCAUGGAUUCAAGGCCCUAAUUUAUCUAACUAGAGGGAAAAAUGCUUUACAGUUUGUAACGAAUGAAAAUGAGCAAAUUAGUUUGACAUGUUCUUAUGAGCCGUUACUUCAGAAUCCUCCAAUCCAUCUGUGCUUGUUGCUAGCCAGCGAUUCUCCUAUGGUGUUUGAUUCGCCAGCAUCACAGAAGGCUAAAGAGGGUGGGAAUGGGAUGGAUCUAGCUGUUAAAAAGCUCAGAUGUGCGGCAAGGUUGAUGCAAGCGUUUACCAACGAACAAAUGUUGCGUAAUGGAUUUGGGCAUCGGACUUUUCGAUUUGAGGAGGAAGAAACGGAGGAUACAUUGCUUCAGGUACCAGAGAGGAGACCUACGGUAAAGGUUCAUAUUGUCAGGACUAAUUUGACAACAGCUCAAAUUAGGGAUCCGAAUUUGGCCCAGCAAAAUCCAAAGGGUAACAACACAGGCGGCUUGUUUGGAAUAGCGAUGGAUGCCUUGAAGGCAUACGGUGGACCUUUUAGUGGCAAUACAGAUGCAGUACAGGCAGCAGUUAUUAUUAUGGACACGUAUUGGGAUGCUAAACAAAGGUUAAUUAAAGCACAUGCUGCUUUAGGUGGUGGAGACUCCAAGAUUAAGUUGGCCAUAUUUGGGUCCCACGGAUUGUAUUCCUGGCCCCCCUGCAUUGAGGCUGUUCCAUCUUACUUUACGGAUUCCACUCCAGUUUCUGAGAGUGAGGUUGCAAAUGACUGCAAUGAGUGUAGCUCUCAUUGGGAAUGUUUGAAUAUUACUUUAGGUGCAUUUAUGCAUGAAAUUGGUCAUUUAUUGGGAUGCCCCCAUCAAGAAAGUGGUGUUAUGUUACGUGAUUAUGUUACUUUGAACAGAUCUUUCUUGUCAAAAGAAGCUUUUUCAGUGAGAACGAGAAAUCAUGGAGCAGAAAGUCCUAUACUUCCUCAAUAUGAAUGUACAUGGCACAGGUUGGAUCUAAUCAGAUUUUUGCAUCACCCGUCUUUUGCUCUACCAUCUGAUAAUGCGGACAAUUCUUCUAUAAAUCCUACUCGUUUGGCAAAUUUCGAGGCACCGAAGCCAAGUUUAUAUUUAUGCGGUAAUAACGGGCAAAUUGUGUUUGUUUCACAAACUGGUAUUUAUUGUAUAGAGAUAGUUUGCGAAGAAAUUGCUCGGGCACACAUAGAAUUUUUACCGUACUCCCUAGGUGGUCCUGGUCCUCAAAGACAAGUAUUUGUUUCUCUUGAUGAUCUAACCUCUAGACUACCGCCUAACUAUCGCUCCCAACACUCUAAAAAUUUCAAGGUCAAAGUUCACGCAGUAAAUUCUGAGUCAGCUGACUUUGAUGAUUUUCCAAGUCGAUUAAAAGUUUCUUUAAUACCAAUGUCCCGUUAUGGAUAUCCAUCCACGGUAAAUGGGAUUAAGGGACAGCUCUUUGGUAGCGGUUCUUCUGGUAGCGAUCUAGGGAUAGUACCUGUUUAUGUUUCACUAGUUCAGUGGGUUAGAGUGUUCCACGGCUAUGCUCUAGAUGGAAUUCGAUUCUACUUCCGACCAACCUUGGAGCCUGAAUUAGAAGAGACUGGCAGUACGAGGAAUUACCUUAAAAAAAUUAAAGAUUCCAUUAAAUCCCCAAAUACUUUGAAAUCUAAAAGUAGCGUGUUAUUUGGCAAUGAAACCCCUAAUUUUACUGACUUCGUUUUAGAUAUAAACGAAUACAUCGUUGGGUUCAAUGUAAGAAGUGGUGUUUGGGUAGACGCUAUUCAAAUUAUAACAAGUAGUGGUCGUACUAGCCCCAUGCUUGGAAAUACAACUGGUGGUGGUUUAGGUAUGAUGAUGCCAUAUCAAGGCGAUAGUAUCUUGGGUCUAUAUGGCAACAUAGGUUCAUGGAUAAAUGCGAUUGGUAUUGUUUAUGGAAAACUGUGA